AUGGCCAGACGCGGACAGCCAGCGCGCUCGGACGGAGAAAAUUCCAGUGGGGAUCGCAGCGCUCAAACUAUAUCUCCUUCGUCAUCUAGACCCGUACGAUUCGGCCCUUCUCUUCCUACAGAGAUUGUUUACAACAUCGCUGCUUUGACUCUUGGCGACUUCAUCGCAUGUCUUCUUCUUCGCCCAGACGAGGACCAUCGAUCUUGGGGUGCACGAAACGCCUUCUCGUCUUUGCUGCACGUCGAUGCAACAUUCAGAGCAUGUACCCUGAAGCUCAUGAGCUAUCUUUGGAAGGAUGAACUUGUUAAUGCUCGAACUGGCGCGAUCGUGAAUUUCAAACCCGUCCUCACCCACCUGCGUGUCUACUCCUCACUUUCUCACAUCGAGCCAGCACGUUUGUUCAAGGACAAUCCACACCCUGUCACUCGCGAACGCAGUAUCCGCCGCCCCCUCAUUCCAUUCGUAAAAAUGGCGAUUCCUAUCCUUUUGGCGGGUGCUCGUGCAAAAGAUUGGCUAGAAACCCCGGCAUCCAUUCGGUCAGAGCACGAAGACUUCUUUGAACAGUGCUCCACUACGAGUAAUCAUGUUCCUGCUGGGCCACCGAUGCUGUUGUUAGCAGAGGUCCGGGUGUAUGUGCUCGAGCGAUAUUACAUAUGGAACAAGCUCAGGGCGAUCAAUGACGAGGUUGAAAUGUUGGCACCCAUGAUAUAUCCUAUCAGCCGCAUCAUACAUGCGAGAACUCGUGAUGAGGCACUCGGAGCCGAACUCGUAGGCUACAUUCGAAACAUUAUGCCCCACCAUCUCGAAUACCGAGAUCAUAUCAUACACUUGCAACUUCUCCAUGCGCGCAUGCUCGCGAUCCCGCAGCAUGAGGUCAUUCAGCCAACAAGAUACGAACUCGGAUGCUUGGGGUUCUUCGACACUGUGGAACAGCUAUCGCGGAUGCUCAAGGAGGAUGCAAACCCACCAGGAGAUAAAACUGCAGACACCACGAAUGUCGAGCGGACCGUGGCCACAAGACUUGUCCGGUAUUGUUUGUUGAGGCUGGAAAGUUCGUUGACGAAGGAGGAGUGUGAAGCCUAUAUCAAGCCGUCGUUUGAGCCUGGAUAUACGUGGUUUGAUGUAGAGAGCGUGACAAGCGAAGAGUAA